AUGUCAGAUCCACUGGACUAUAGUGUCGCCUUGAUUUGCGCCAUCGCCACGACAUUUGUUGCCGCCCGCGCCUUUCUUGAAGAGACACACGAACCACCUGUGGCGGUCGCGCGGAACGAUAAUAACAGUUACGUGUUAGGCAGGAUUGGUAGGCAUAAUGUUGUUGUUGCUACAUUACCUGAAGGUGAAUAUGGCACGACAUCAGCUGCAGGCGUCGCCCGGGACACGCUUCAUAGCUUCCCAAGCAUCAGGGUCUGCCUGAUGGUCGGCAUUGGGGGUGGUGCGCCCAGUGCGAAGCACGACAUCCGUCUCGGCGACGUCGUCGUCGGCAACAGAGGUGUUUCUAAAUACGACUUUCGCAAAUCCAUGCAGGAACAGACCUUUGUCGAGACGGGCUUUCUGAAUCUCCCGCCAAUACCACUACUUACUGCUACUAGCACACUCGAAGCCACGUACGCGUUGGAAGGCCAUCAGCUAGACGACAACAUCAAAGACGUAAUUAAAACAUACCCGCGGCUACGGAAGACGUACUCACGCCCAUCUGCAAGCAGCGAUAGGCUAUAUAAACCAUCCGUCUCUCACAUUGGAUCUGGUGAGCCCUGUAGGGAAGUGUGUGGAGACGAUGUAUCGCUUCUGGAGCUACGCAGCGAACGAAAGGAAGACGAAGACAAUCCAGCAAUUCACUAUGGGAGGAUCGGCUCCUCAAAUCAGCUGAUUAAUGACGCAUUCUUCCGGGACCAACUUGCAUCGAAGAGGGACUUACUAUGUUUCGAAAUGGAAGCGGCUGAUCUCAUGAAUCACUUUCCGUGUUUAGUUAUUCACGGAAUAUGCGACUACGCAGACUCCCACAAGAACGGAGAGUGGCAUGGUUAUGCCGCUAUGGCGGCUGCUGCGUAUGCGAAGGACCUUCUUUGCCAAAUCCCAUCCAGCAGAAUCGAGACAGAAAGGAGAAUCACAGAUAUAAUUGGCAAAGUGGUCGAAAUUUCAAAUCACAACAAGUCUGUUAUGAGCGAAAUCAAGGUCGCGAAGAGGUCAAUACUUCAAGACAUCCGAGUUCAAGCUUGGCUCUCGCCCUCUGACACGUCUACCAACCGACUUCGUGCAAGAAAAGUCCGGCACCAAGGAACAGGGAAAUGGUUUCUGGAAAACACUGUUUUUAUGGAGUGGACGACUGGAGUACGCCAACAUUUGUGGCUUCACGGGAUUCCAGGGAGUGGUAAAACCGUUCUUAGCACCGCGAUCCUCGAUCAUGUAUCGCAGAUACAUGAUCAUGUUGCACUGAAUUUCUUCUUCGACUUCAGCGAUACAAGCAAGACACACAUAGACACAAUGUAUCGGUCUCUCGCAUUUCAAUUGUACCAGCAGCAGGAAGCAUCAAGACCGGUCGUCGAUGCACUUUUUGCGCCACACGAUAACGGAUGGAAGCAGGCAGAAACAGAAAAACUCUCCAAGUGCUUGCUGGCCAUGCUACAGGCUUCGGGGAAAGUUUACAUCAUACUCGAUGCUCUGGACGAAUGCGUCAACCAGACCGAGCUACUCGAAUGGAUACAGGGUCUUGUGUCCAAUCCUCACUUUCAUAAUGUUCAACUCUUUGCCACUAGCCGGCCAGAAGAGGAGUUGGAACGCGGCAUUCGUAAAUGCAUCAGCGAACAUAACUGCAUUUCAUUUGACAAGAAUCUCUUAAACGAGAACAUUGGGCCCUACAUUAGCAGCAGACUGGAGCAAAGCUAG